GAGAAGACAAAUUCUGAGAGAGAAAUAGUGAUGGUAAAAAUUAGAGUAUAAAAAGACGUCGUGUAUUCGAUGUUCGUUCAGUUCUCUUGUUAAAUAUAUUUCAAGAACAUUUGAAUUUUGUUUAAUUGAAAUCAAUAUAUCUUUAAGAAAAAUGAAAACGAUCGUGAUUAUUUUUGCUAUUUGUGUUUGCGUCGGUGCAUUGGUAAUAACCGUUCAAAUAUUUACACCCGAAGAAUUAAAAAUUGCGCUACGUGCUACGUUGCCAAUUUGCAGGAUAGAAACUGGCAUUGAUGAACAGAAAGAAAAUGAUUUUCGCAACGGCAUCAUUGAUGUAGAAGAUGAGCAAGUUCAACUCUAUUCUGAAUGUUUAAUAAAAAAAUUCAACGCUUAUGACGAUGAUGGAAAAUUAAACGAAGUUGUGGUCAGAGAAAUAGCACGAUUAUAUUUUGACGAAGAUGAUGUUAACAAAAUAGUCACCGAUUGUUCAUCUAUUUCUGAUGCCAACAUAUAUCUAAAAUCUAGUAAGUUGAUGAAAUGUUUUGAAAAGUUUAUAACAUUGAAUAAAAUAAUAAGUACCUAAAUGUUCAAAUAUCAAAAAGAAAAAGGUUUAUUAUAACACGAUAUAUUUCUCUACUUUGAUUAUAGAAAAUAUUUAAAGAAUAUUAUAUUAAUAAAUUAAUGUAACGAUUA